UGGCGGGGCCACAGUUGGCUGAAGAGAAAGAGUAAUGAUCAAGAGACAGAGUUAACUGCUGGCUCAAGUACAGAGAGAGUAAGAGAGAGAGUAAGAGAGAGAGUAAGAGAGAGAGAGAGGGAGAGGGAGAGGGAAAAGGAAAGACAAGCAGUUCUUCUGAGAGUGCUUCAGUGAGGAGCUGAGGAGACUCAGGCAGGAUUAGAAGGAGGGGUGUAGGCAGAGGUCGUGUGCACAGGUGUUCCACUUACAUUAGAUCUGUCUGUGUGUGUGAUAUAUCACAUUAGUGCCAUCAGUAAAGUGUGUGUGUGUGUGUGUCGAUCGUCAUGGAGCUCGAGCGUCUUGGAGGUGGGGGGGUCAAGCCUGAGGGGGCAAACGGCCGUCUUCUGAAACCAGCUCUGGCUGUGUGUGUGUGUCUCUGCGCCGCUCUGCUCCUCGCUGUCAUCCUGGUUUCCCAGAGAAGCGUUGCAGACAAGGAGCUGUGUCUGACCCCACAAUGCAUCGAAGCAGCGGGUUCCAUCCUCAGUAAGAUGGACCGGUCCGUGUCCCCCUGUGAGGACUUCUAUGGUUUCUCCUGUGGGGGCUGGCUCAAGGACAACCCCAUCCCCGAAGACUCCUCCUCCUAUGGCAUCUACCCUUGGCUCCGUCAGCACGUCGACAUCAGGCUCAAAGAGUUACUGGAGGCACCGUCAGAGUAUUGA